AUGGGCCAGGCAGACGAGGACCCUUCUAACCCUCAACCUCAACACUCGUCCCAAUAUCCUACUGGUUAUCCUCCUACCGCCCCUCCACAGCCUGGAGCUGCCUAUCCCAAUGCCUCACCUAACCAGUGGUCCGCAUAUGGCUCCCCACAACCACUGCAACAACCAUAUCCCGGACAAACCCCGGACCUCGCGUACAAUGCCGCGCAUCAGCCCAUGGCCGCGGACCCAAACAUAGGGGGGUUGGUUUCUCAGAUGGGUGGGUUGGGGGUGACCGGAGAACCAGCAGGAACGAGGGCACACCGAAAGAAGCAUCGUCAUGCUCAUCAUGAUAUUGGGGCCGGCUCGGCUGCCCCGACACAACCAUUCAACCAGGCAAUGGGCGCGGAGAGUAUGCAACCUACAUCUCAAUUUCUCAACACCGGCUUGAACCCAGCGACGCGACCUUUGUCACCAGCCGUGGGCCAACAACUGGGACAUCCAGGACAGCCAGCCCCCGGCUUCACUUCACAACCAGGUCUUGAAGGUGGGCCGGGAUCGGUGGCCACACAGGGCCGCGUUGACCCUGAACAGAUUCCCAGCAUCCCUCGAUCGCGCGACAUGCCUGCUCAGUACUACUUCAACCAUGUCUACCCGACCAUGGACAGACAUCUACCCCCUCCAGCGGCGAUCCCGUUUGUCGCACAGGAUCAGGGCAAUGCCUCGCCCAAGCAUGCCCGCCUCACCCUUAACAACAUCCCCGCAACCUCCGAUUUCCUCUCACAGACAGGCUUGCCAAUGGGUAUGAUUCUGCAACCACUCGCUCCUUUGGAUGCUGGGGAACAGCCAAUUCCGGUACUGGAUUUCGGGGAAGUUGGGCCCCCACGAUGCCGCCGAUGCCGUACCUACAUCAAUCCGUUUAUGUCCUUCCGAUCGGGCGGUAGCAAGUUCAUCUGCAACAUGUGCACCUUCCCCAAUGAUACUCCGACUGAAUACUUUUCACCUCUGGAUCCAUCGGGAGCACGAGUCGACCGGACGCAGAGACCAGAGUUAAUGAUGGGCACCGUAGAGUUCCUGGUACCGAAAGAAUACUGGAAUAAGGAACCCGUGGGACUACAGACUCUCUUUUUGAUAGACGUGAGCCGCGAGUCAAUUCAGCGUGGUUACCUCCAGGCCGUCUGUGGAGGAAUUGCGGAAGCCUUGUACGGUGACACUGCUGUAGAGGGGGCCGAGGACUCUGCACGCAAGCUUCCGGCUGGAUCGAAGGUUGGCAUUGUUACUUUUGACUGCGAGGUGCACUUCUACAACCUUACAGCGACCUUUGAUCAGGCGCAGAUGAUGGUGAUGACUGACUUGGAAGAGCCAUUCUUGCCGCUGAGUGAGGGUCUGUUCGUGGAUCCGUACGAAUCAAAGUCGGUGAUCACCUCGCUUUUGAGCCGGAUACCCAGUCUUUUCGCGCAUAUCAAGAACCCAGAGCCAGCAUUACUCCCCGCACUAAAUGCUGCAUACUCGGCAUUGCAAUCGACAGGUGGAAAGAUUAUCUGUUCCUUAGCUAGCUUGCCUACGGCAGGCCCUGGGUCACUGGAAAUUCGAGAGGAUCCUAAAAUCCACGGGACUGAUGGAGAACGCAAGUUGUUCGGCACAGAAAACCCAGCUUGGAAAAAGACCGCAAGCAAGCUGGCUGAGGCAGGUGUUGGUGUCGAUUUCUUCCUUGCGUGCCCCGGUGGCACUUAUCUUGACGUGGCAACCAUCGGGCACGUUUCGGCCACGACGGGAGGCGAGACUUUCUUCUAUCCCAACUUCCACGCACCUCGAGAUUUAUUGAAGGUGCAGCAAGAGAUUGCGCACACGGUCAAACGAGAGACUGGUUACCAAGCAUUGAUGAAGGUUCGCUGCUCGAAUGGCCUCCAGGUGUCUUCAUACCACGGGAACUUUGUCCAAAAUGCUCUUGGUGCCGACCUCGAAAUUGGUGGCAUCGAUGCCGAUAAAGCGAUUGGUGUGGUCUUCAGCUACGAUGGCAAACUCGAUCCCAAGCUGGAUGCGCACUUCCAGGCUGCAUUGUUAUACACAUCUUCCGACGGACAACGGCGGGUUCGAUGUAUUAAUGUCGUAGCCGCUGUCAACGACGGUGGAAUGGAGACCAUGAAAUUCAUCGACCAAGAUGCCGUCGUUGCAAUUAUCGCAAAAGAGGCUGCAUCCAAGACACUUGACAAGUCCCUCAAGGAUAUCCGCGCGAACAUACUGGAGAAGACAGUUGAUAUUUUCAGCGGCUACCGAAAGAUCUUCUCGGGAUCGAACCCUCCCGGUCAAAUGAUCUUACCAGAGAACUUGAAGGAGUUCUCGAUGUAUAUGUUGAGUUUGGUUAAAUCAAGAGCAUUCAAAGGUGGCAACGAAUCAUCCGACCGCCGAGUUCACGAUCAACGCAUGAUCCGUUCAUUUGGUUGCACCGAACUCUCUCUUUAUCUCUAUCCUCGUAUCAUUGCCAUCCACAACUUGCAACCCCUCGAUGGGUUCCCUAAUGAGCAUGGCCAACUUCAGAUCCCGCCGUCGCUACGGGCUACCUUUUCCAAAAUCGAGGAAGGCGGUGCUUAUUUGGUGGAUAAUGGCCAGAUAGUGUUACUGUGGUUCCAUGCACAGGUCUCGCCGAAUCUCUUGGAGGACCUCUUCGGGGCCGGAGAAGUCUCUCUAUCGGAACUCAGCCCCAACACAUCUUCUCUACCCGUGUUGGAGACGCAUCUGAAUGCUCAGGUUCGCAAUUUACUACACUACUUCUCUACUGUGCGCGGUUCCAAGAGUAUGGCGAUCCAAAUGGCCCGACAAGGAAUGGACGGGGCCGAGUAUGAAUUCGCGCGUCUGCUUCUGGAAGACCGCAACAACGAAGCGCAAAGCUAUGUGGAUUGGCUAGUGCAUACACAUCGGCAGAUCAAUCUUGAGCUGGCUGGGCAUCGGAAGAAAGAAGAAUCUACGAGCGAAGGCGCCUUGGCCAGCCUGUCGGCUAUGCGAGCACCGUAUUGGUAA